AUGUUUAUAGCGGCUGAGAUAACGGGUAUGUAUUUGUGUUGGAGAUUGGCGAUUGUGGCGGUCCCCGCGAUGUUUUUGUUGAUUCUUCCGGGGUCAAUUUAUGGAAAGCGAUUAUCAAGCAAUGAAGAGAAGCUACAAGAAGCUUAUGCGGUUGCUGGUGGGGUCGCAGAGCAGGCUUUUUCAUCAAUAAAGACAGUUCAUUCGUAUGUUGGAGAGGAAAAAAUGGUGAAUCGGUUUUCAACCGCGUUAGGACCCACUUUGAGUCUUGGGAUCGAACAAGGUUUACUGAAAGGGAUAGUGUUUGGAAGUGUUGGAGUUAUAUACGCAAUUUGGGCGCUUUUAAGCUGGUACGGGGGCGUUUUGGUCAUUGACAAGGGGUUGAAAGGUGGAGAUAUUCUUAGCGCGGGAGUUUGUGUUAUCUAUGGAGGAUUUGGAUUGGGAAGUUCUUUCAUGAACAUAAAGUACUUUGCAGAAGCAGGUAUUUCAGCAGGGGUGAUUAGUGAAAUGAUUGAAAGAAUCCCAACCAUAGAUUCCGAAGAUCAACAGGGGACAACCAUAGAUACAAUCAAAGGUGAAUUGGAGUUCAAAGAUGUCUAUUUUGCAUACCCAUCAAGACCUGAAAGCUUGGUUUUAAAGAAAUUCAACUUAAAGGUGAAGCCCUGUCAAACCGUUGGACUGGUUGGUAGCAGUGGGUCAGGUAAGUCAACAGUGAUAAAUCUGAUUGAAAGAUUCUAUGAUCCUCUUGAGGGAGAGAUUCUGUUAGAUGACAUCAGCAUAAAGUCGCUCAAGUUAAAUUGGUUACGUAGACAAAUCGGGUUAGUGAGCCAGGAUCCUAUACUUUUCGCCACAUCGAUCAAAGAGAAUAUUCUAUUCGGGAAAGAAGAUGCCACAAGUGAAGAGAUUGUAGAAGCAGCUAAAAGAGCAAAUGCACAUGAAUUCAUCACACAACUACCCAAAGCUUAUGACACACAGGUGGGAGAAUUAGGAACUCAAAUGUCGGGAGGGCAGAAGCAACGGAUUUCAAUUGCGCGGGUCCUACUUCGAGAUCCAAAAAUCUUGCUUUUAGAUGAGGCCACAAGUUCAUUAGAUUCACAUUCUGAAAAAGCUGUACAACAGGCUUUAACUCAAGCUUCAAUUGGAAGAACAACACUAAUCAUUGCACAUCGUUUAUCUACACUCGAUAAUGCAGAUGUAAUUUUCGUAAUUCAAUCAGGUGAAGUAAUCGAGUCCGGAUCACAUAACCAACUUGUUUCAAACACUCAUGGACCAUAUUCAACCAUGGUCCAACUACAGAACACAUUGUCGGUCAACGGUCAAACCGUAUCACCGUCUCAAGAAACCAAAAUCAAGACAUUAGAUGAUGAUGAUGAUGAUGAUGAUGAUGAUGAUGAUGAUGGUGGUGGUUUAUCCAUGAGAAGAGAGAAAACGAGACUGAUAGUAGAUAGUUCUUAUCUUGAAAAAGAUAGCAAUCUAUCAUGGAAAGAAUUGAUUCGGAUGAAUGCUCCUGAAUGGAAAUCGGCUCUAGUUGGUUGUAUAGGUGCUUUACUUAACGGAUUAAUUCAACCAUUACUCGCGUUUUUUCAGGGUGCAAUGCUUUCCAUUUUCUUUCUAAAAAACCACGACGAAAUCCGGUCUCAAACAACAACAUUAUGCUACAUUUUUCUAGCCAUUGCUGGAUUUUCUUUCAUCAUCGGUGUGAUCCAGCAUUACUAUUUUGGAAUCAUGGGUGAGAAUUUAACGAAACGUGUCCGAGAAUCAAUGUUUUCAAAGAUCAUGAGUUUUGAAAUCGAGUGGUUUUAUCAAGAAAACAACAACACGGGAGCAUUAUGUUCAAGACUUGCUACAGACACAAUCAUGGUGAGAAACCUCGUAGCAGAUCGAUUGGCGUUUUUUGCACAAGCAAUCUCGGCUUCAAUUUCAGCAGUUAUUUUGAGUAUGAUUUUGUCUUGGAAACUCGCUCUUGUUGCUGUUUCCUUACAACUAGUCAUCAUUGUGUGUUUUUACCUAAAAGCCCUUGUGACAACGGAAACCGAGAACAAGAGCAGUGAAAUAGCAAGUGAAGCGGUUAACAACCAUAGAGUUAUCACUGCGUAUCAUUCGCAAGAGCAGGUUAUGAGGCUGUUUGAAGAGACACAGAAAGGUCGAAAAAUGGAGAGUGAUAAGAAGAAUUGGUAUCAAGGAAUGGCUUUGUUUGCUAGACCAUUUUUAACUAAUAUCAAUAUUGCCAUUUUAUAUUGGUAUGGAGGAAGGCUUCUUUAUGAGGGAGAUAUAACAUUCAAACACCUUUUUCAGACAUUCUACAUUGUGGUGUCAGCAGGGAUGAUAAUAGCAGAAACCGGGAGUAUGACUGGGGAUUUGUCAUUGGGAAAAAACGCGUUACAAUCCUUGUUUAUGAUUCUAAAAAGAGAAGGCAAAAUGCAGACUCCAAAACAAGACAUGAUAAUGCCAGAAAAGGUAGAAGGGCGUAUAGAACUGAAAGAAGUGGAUUUUUUUUAUUUAAGCAGACCCACAAAGAUGGCACUUAAAGGUCUAAGUUUAAAGAUCAAUGGUGGUGAAGUUGUUGCACUUGUUGGAACAAGUGGAUCUGGAAAGUCAACAAUUAUAGGGUUGAUCCAGCGAUUUUUUGACCCGUGUAAAGGGUCUGUGGAAGUUGAUGGAGUGGAUAUUAUCCGCUACAAUCUGAGGGCGUUAAGGUCAUUUAUAGCAUGGGUUAGUCAGGAGCCUACUUUGUUUGCAGAAACAAUAAAAGAAAACAUUGCUUAUGGGAAAGAGAAUGCAACAGAAGCCGAGAUAAUCCAAGCAGCAAAUCUAGCAAAUAUCCAUGAAUUCAUAAGUUCAAUGAAAGAUGGGUAUGAGACUUACUGUGGUGAAAGAGGGGUGCAGUUAUCAGGUGGACAGAAGCAAAGAAUCGUGAUUGCUCGAGCAAUUUUGAAAAAUCCAGCUAUUUUACUUCUUGAUGAGGCCACAAGUGCUUUGGACUUGAGAUCAGAGGCACUUGUUCAAGAUGCUCUUGAGAAAACCAUGGUUGGUAGGACAUGUGUGAUUGUAGCUCAUCGAUUGUCUACAAUUCAAAGAUCCAAUAAAAUAUCAGUGAUUGAUAAUGGAAGAGUUGUAGAAGAAGGAUCUCAUGAUGAUCUGUUAGCUAAAGGUAAAGAAGGUGCUUACUUUUCUCUUUUCAGUCUUCAACAACAAACCUCCCAUAAGUAG